CGCCAUUAUAGAAAAGAAGAAGUGCCAAAAGUAAGAAGUCCUGACUCUCCAGAAAUGGCGGAUACAUGCGGACAGAUCCUGCUGGGAUCAGGGCUCACCGUCCUUUCUCACCCUCUGAUGUACAUUAAAGUCCUCAUCCAGGUUGGACAUGAGCCGCUGACUCCCACUGUGGGCAAGAACCUUUUUGGCAGGCAGGUCCAACAGCUGCCUGGCUUGUUUGCUUAUGCAAAACACAUCAUUAAAAUUGAUGGAAAAGCUGGUCUCUACAAAGGACUCGGUCCAAGGCUCUGUGCUGGAGCUAUCGGCACAGUUGUGCACAGCAAGGUUCUGCAGAAAUGUCAGGAAAAGGGCACACCUCAGGUACUGGGUGGCCAGCAGAAAGCAGCUGAGAGCUCUCUCCAACAUGUUGUUAACGAGACUACCAAAGAGAUGGUUGCCCGUUCUUGUGCCACCAUCAUCACACAUCCGUUCCAUGUGAUUACUUUGAGAUGUAUGGUUCAGUUCAUUGGAAGAGAAACAAAAUACAGUGGACUGUUUGAUUCCAUUGUCACAGUCUACAGAGAAGAAGGUGUUUUGGGCUUCUUUGCUGGUUUGAUUCCUCGCCUGCUCGCUGACAUUCUUUCUUUGUGGAUGUGUAACCUUCUGGCUCAUGUCAUCAACACAUAUGCCAUCGAUGACACGAUGAGUCACACAGGAGAGAUUAGGAACUGCUCCCAGGCGGUGACAGGGUUCUUUGCCAGCAUGGUCACAUACCCAUUUGGUUUGGUGUCUAACCUCAUUGCUGUCAAUAACUGCGGGCUUGCUGGAGGCCUGCCUCCCUACGCAUCUAUAUAUCCAACCUGGGUGGACUGCUGGAGGCACCUUAGCAGUGAGGGUAACAUGAGCAGAGGAAAUAGCUUGUUUUUCCGGAAGCUUCCAGCUGGAAAGAAGUACGCCUUUGACCAGAAGAGAUUUUUUUGAAAACCUGAAGAAAACUCAGCUUGAUAUAGUUGUAAUAAUAAAAUAAAACAAACUUUAAAAAAGAAACAAAAACAUUGUCUAAUAAGGAGGCCCAACUGUUGGUGCUUCAUCUUCUUUUGUAUGCACUGGUUUAUUGUGGACUUUUGCUUUAACAGUCUGUCAUCACCCGAAGUAAUAUGACCAGUUCCUUUUGGCAUCUGUUAAACAACAGAAAUAUAAACUGUGGGGGUUGAAAAUGAGAUGGAUCAGAAGUUCUGUUUAGGUCCUGCAUGGACAAAAGGACUUGUAACUUUGCAGUCCAUCAAGUAAAUGCCCCCUUUAUUCUGUUUUCUACAGAUGAUCUGUUGAUGACCUCAUUAACAUUAAGGGGAGUGGCUGUUUGGUCACCCUAUCAGUCUGCAUGUAGUAAUGUGUAGUAAUCCACAUAUGAAUGAUGAAGUUCUGCUGAGCUCUCUGGGGCCUGGGUUUGUAAUGUUUAUAAAAACAGGAAACAUCUCUGUGAUUGGAUUGGAAAGGAGAGCUGAGCUGAGCUUAAGUUCACUGAAUUUUGGAGUUAGGUGCUUGUUUAAACUUCUGAUUGAUUCAAAUAAAAACCUUUUUUGACCUUG